UUUCUCGAAUUGGAGUAAGGAUGGAGUCUGCGAAUUUGAGCGGGGGCAGCGGAUCUCCCACAGCCCGGGCGAAGGAACUCUUCCGAAACCUGCGCAAGGAUUCGGAGAGUUCAGUGGAUUUCCCGAACCUGGAGUUCGAAUACGGGGAUUCAGACACCAUAGUUGCAGAGUUAUCAGAGCUGUACAGCUACACUGAGGAGCCUGAGUUUGCCAUGAACAGGAACUGCUUUGAAGAGGAUUUUGCUAUUCACGGGAAAGGCAAUAAGUGGGUAGAGCUGGAAGAGACUGAACAUAAGACCUACCUAAUGAGGCUGCUGGAUGGGCUGGAGGUAAUAAACAGAGAGAAGAGACUGAAGUUUGCCAGAGCCAUCCUUUACCUGGCCCAAGGUGUGUUUGAUGACUGCUACACAGAGCCUGAAGUGAUCCACUGGGCCCGUUACAAUGUCUUCCUCCUCUAUGAGAUGGGCACAUUUGGAGCACUAGUGGAGCUUCUCAAUAUGGAGAUCAAUAACAGCCAAGCAUGUGGCCAUUCCCUGAGGAAGCCAGCAAUCUCCUUGGCAGACAGCAUUGAACUGAGAGUUCUACUGAACAUUAUGUACCUGAUGAUGGAGAUAAUGCGCCGAGAGGUAGAGGAUGAAAAACCAGAGUGGAUUCUGGCGAGAGAGGCAUUCAGAAGUGAACUAAGUUCCUCGGUGUACAAUGGAGAGCCCUUUGCGAUUCUCCUCUUCUCUCUUGUGAACAAGUUCUGCAGUGGGAGCGCUCCUCACUGCCCCAUCAAGAAGGUGCUGUUGCUUCUCUGGAAGACAAUUCUGUUCUGUCUCGGAGGCUUUGAGGAUCUGCAGAGGCUGAAGGUGGCAAGGCGGGAGGAAGCGGGCCUUCCUGAGCUGCCAGAGAACAGUCUUGAGGUGAUGAGGAAUCUCCGAGCGUGCUCGCCCCCUGUCUCCGCCAUGGACGCCCUGGAGCAACAGCAAAAGCGGGGCCGUAAGGGCCGAAGGGUGCUGGUAAAACAGGACAGCCUGGAUAUCUAUGGCAAGAGGGACGAGACACGGGAGGAGGAUGAAGAGGCCGACGACAGUGAUGGUGGGUUUGAGGGAGAAGUGGAUCCACUAGAGAGGGAGGCACUGGUCUCGUCUGUGCCCACCCCACAACAGCCCCCAGACAGACUGUUCUUCCCCCGGUGCCUACCCUGGGCUCCCAAGGUCAGGGAGAAGGAUAUUGAAGAAUUUCUGGAAGUGAGCAGAUGCAAGUUCAUUGGAUUCACUCUCGGCAAUGACACUGAUACUCUGGUCGGUUUGCCCAGGCCCAUCCACGAAAGUGUGAAGACCCUGAAACAGCACAAAUACACGUCCGUUGCUGAAGUGCAGGCCAGAAGGGAGCAGGAGCUUCAGACAUCCCCGGUGUCUCUGGGUGCUGAGGCGGUAGAGCAGACUCCAGUUGAAGUUCUCUACCAGGGAAUGUUGUACAACUUCCCACAGUACAUGAUCGCUCUGCUGAAGAUCCAACUGGCAGCUGCUCCCAGCUCCAAGGCAAAGACUGACUCCAUCAAUAUCUUGGCUGACGUUCUUCCUGAGGAAAUGCCCACCACUGUCCUACAAAGCAUGAAGUUGGGUAUUGACGUCAACAGGCACAAGGAGAUCAUUGUGAAAGCCAUCUCGGCACUCAUGCUUCUGCUGCUCAAGCACCUCAAACUCAACCACAUCUACCAGUUCGAGUAUGUUUCACAGCACCUGGUAUUUGCCAACUGUAUUCCUCUUAUUCUGAAGUUCUUCAAUCAGAACAUCAUGUCUUACAUCACAGCCAGGAACAGUAUCAACGUCCUGGAUUAUCCUCACUGCGUGAUUCACGAGCUGCCGGAACUCACCACCGAGGCUCUGGAAGCAGGGGACCAUAAUCAGUUCUGCUGGAGGAACCUCUUCUCGUGCAUCAACCUGCUGCGUACCCUAAACAAGCUCACCAAGUGGAAGCACUCUCGCACCAUGAUGCUUGUGGUGUUCAAGUCCGCCCCGAUUUUAAAGCGGGUGCUCAGGGCCAAGCAGGCAAUGAUGCAGCUGUAUGCCCUCAAGCUGCUGAAGAUCCAAGCCAAGUACAUGGGGCGCCAGUGGAGGAAGAGCAACAUGAAGACCAUGUCUGCCAUCUACCACAAAGUGCGGCAUCGCUUUAACGAUGACUGGGCCUAUGGAAAUGAGAUCGAUGCUCGGCCCUGGGAUUUCCAGGCGGAGGAGUGUGCUCUGAGGGUCAACAUCGAGGCGUUCAACAGCCGCCGCUAUGGCGUGUGCCCCAGUGACCUGGAGUUUGCUCCUGUGGACAACUGCCUGCAGAGCGUGCUGGGCCACCGACUCCCGCUGCCCGAUGACUUCUGCUACAGCUACGAACUUUGGUUGGAGAGGGAGGUCUUUGCUCAGCCGAUACGCUGGGAGGAUCUGCUGCGACCUGUGGCGUGAUGGUGGCAGCUUGCCCGUUGUGCCCAUUAUUCUGCCCGGUCUUCCUAAUGAUAAACAGCACUUGACUGCUGUUGGGUUUGUAACCUCGUGACGGGUGCUCGCUGUUUACUGCCCAUUCCCCACCUCCCUCUGGCGGCCUGACUUGAGUGACUUUGUGCCCAUGUGUUUUGAAGCCUCCAGUUGGUCACACAUGGAGUGAAAAGACAGGGUGUCCCAGGGAGGAAGCCUCCCUCUGCCUCGCAGAUGCUGCAGCUACCCCUCUCACAUAAAACUGAGAGUAGCAGGACAAUACCCUGAGUCCUUCCCAUUCUGCGGACGUGAGCUCAGUGUUACUGCACUCUACAUCUCUGCUGGUACACCUGGCACAGAGGAGGCAGCUGAAUGCUCUUCUUGCCCAACUGUGUCAAGCACCGGAAGUGAUCCGGCUGGGUUUACUUGAAUACCUACAGUAAAUAUCCACUUACUGAAGGUGAUGGUCUCAAUCUUGCCCCACCACUGUGCGAAUCUGGUGAAAACAGCCACCCAGCAUGAAUGGCUGGAAAGCCUCCUCCUGCUUUGGAAUUACUUUGGCUGGACAUCCUGAAAGGAAGUUAUGGGCUCUAGUCACAGAAAGAUUACGACAUGGAAGUAGUCGAAUGGCUCAUCACUUCCAAGUCACAUCUCCCCGAGAGGGAGAACCCAGAACUGGACCAUCUUCCCUAGAGAGAGAGCCCAGAACUGGACUAUCUCCCCUCGAGAGAGAGCCCAGAACUGGACCAUCUCCCCUCGAGAGAGAGUGCCCAGAACUGGACCAUCUCCCCUCGAGAGAGAGCCCAGAACUGGACCAUCUCCCCUAGAGGGAGAGCCCAGAACUGGACCAUCUCCCCUAGAGAGAGAGCCCAGAACUGGACCAUCUCCCCUAGAGAGAGAGCCCAGAACUGGACCAUCUCCCCUCGAGAGAGAGCCCAGAACUGGACCAUCUCCCCUUGAGAGAGAGUGCCCAGAACUGGACCAUCUCCCCUCGAGAGAGAGCCCAGAACUGGACCAUCUCCCCUAGAGGGAGAGCCCAGAACUGGACCAUCUCCCCUCGAGAGAGAGCCCAGAAUUGGACCAUCUCCCCUAGAGAGAGAGCGCAGAACUGGACCAUCUCCCCUAGAGAGAGAGCCCAGAACUGGACCAUCUCUCCUCGAGAGAGAGUGCCCAGAACUGGACCAUCUCCCCUCGAGAGAGCGUGCCCAGAACUGGACCAUCUCCCCUAGAGAGAGUGCUAAGAAAUGGACCAUCCUCCCUAGAGAUGGUGUUGAAAUUCUCUACCUACCCUAGGUAGAGAAUCAAAAUUGGACCACCUUCCCAAGAGAGAGUGCCCAGAACUGGACCAUCUCCUGUCGAGAGAGAGCCUAGAACUAGACCACCAUCUCCGGAGAGAAUGCUCAGAACUAGACCACUAUCUCCGGAGAGAAUGCUCAGCACUAGACCACCAUCUCCGGAGAGAAUGCUCAGAACUAGACCACCAUCUCCGGAGAGAAUGCUCAGCACUAGACCACCAUCUCCGGAGAGAAUGCUCAGAACUAGACCACUAUCUCCGGAGAGAAUGCUCAGCACUAGACCACCAUCUCCGGAGAGAGUGCUCAGAACUGGACCAUCAUCCCAAAUUAGAAUGUUACAGCUGUGGCCAGCUUAGUGUUUUAUUAUCAUUCAUCAUCAUAUUCUUGGACUUCCUGCCUCUUUUCUAAAACCCAGAAACCACGUGCUUUUAAACUACGUUUUCACUUUCAGCAAACUAUGCAUGUAUAUCACAGACUUUUCUAUUCCCCUACCCUUCAAGAAUUGUGUCCUCUCGUGUAUGCUGUCUCUAUGAACUGAAAUGGAGUAUGUAAGUGUUCUGCAUUAAACUUAA